UUGCUGUUAUCACAAAAACAACAUUGCCUCUUAUCACUAUGAUGAGAAAAUCUCAUUCAGGGAAAGUGAAAAUGCUGACCUUACAACACAGUAGUAGCUUCAUCUCAUUCUCUCCAAGCGACAACAAACUCCGAAGUUUGACUAAUGGCUUCACGAUAAUGUCGAAAAAGAGAGACUUUGCUGAGAAAUCAAACCAGAAAGGACCACUCUUGCGAAUCAAAGUCCCCAACACAAUUCUUGCUCGAUCUGCGAUAGCUGUUCUUGGUUUAGGAUUCAUUGAUGCUGGGUAUAGUGGUGAUUGGUCAAGAAUAGGUGUGAUCUCUAAAGAAACAGAGCAACUUUUGAAGAUUGCUGCUUUUCUUGUUGUUCCUCUCUGUAUCUUUCUUGCACUUUCAUUUUCCGAUGACACAACUGAUUAAAGAAGGCUCCCUGAUUCCUUCUGUAUGAUAUAUAACUCAGCAAGUAUGCUUGGAAUCUAGAAGCUUGAACAA